UUCAACCAUAACAGUCAGCGUGAUGGGCAUUAUUGAGGUGGUGCUGGAAAGAGUGUGAUUGGAGCUGGUUGAAGAAUCUGGUGAGAAAGGGGAUUCCUGCCUGAGGAGUGUGAGCUCUGAGGUGGUCUGGGCAGAGGUGCAGUUCCUUUGGACCAGGGAGGAACAUGCACUCCUGUGAGACAGAAGCUUGGGGAUAGUGGCAACUUUGGAGGUGCACGGCAGCCUAAGCAUGUGCCAGACAUCUGCAAAGCAGGGGCUCCAAAGAUGGGUUCAACCAUUUUCGUUUGUGUUUUUGGGCUGUUUUAGAUUUGAUAGUUGCUAUUUGUUUUUUUGUUAUUUAUUUCAAAAUAUUCAUGGGGAGGGAGUAAAGGAAAACAACCUGGGUUAGACCACCUGACACAUGUUGCAGUUCAGCACUGUGGUAAUUUUCAAUUACCUAUCAGAGUUGGGGGAGGGGGGGCACCAUCAUCUUCUUAAUGCUUAGAGCCUGGCAUUCAGGCAAUGCUGAUUCCUGCCAUGACAGUACCCGGGGGUGCUGGGACUUGCCAGGUGGGCCCUGGCUCUGCUCAAAUCCUGCUCACCUGAGCACUGUAGGUGUCUGGGUCCUCUGUGGCCUUCUUCUUAGCACUUUCCCUGGCAGGUGAGGGUCCUGGCUCCUGGGGCCAUACAUGGAGGAUGACAGAAAAAUCCAAUGGUGUGAAGAGCUCCCCAGCCAAUAACCACAACCACCAUGUACCCCCUACCAUCAAGGCCAACGGCAAAGAUGACCGCCGGACCAGCAGCAGGCCACAGUCUGCAGCUGAUGAUGACACCUCCUCAGAACUGCAGAGGCUGGCGGAGAUGGAUGCCCCCCAGCAGGGGAGGGGUGGCUUCCGCAGAAUCAUCCGCCUGGUGGGAGUCAUCCGAGAGUGGGCCAACAAGAAUUUCCGUGAGGAGGACCCUAGACCCGACUCGUUCCUCGAGCGUUUCCGUGGGCCUGAGCUCCAGACUGUGACUACACAGCAAGGCGAUGGCAAAAGUGACAAGGACGGCGAGGGCAAGGGGACCAAGAAGAAAUUUGAAUUAUUUGUUUUGGACCCGGCUGGGGAUUGGUACUACCGCUGGCUCUUCUUCAUUGCCCUGCCUGUCCUCUACAACUGGUGCCUACUGGUCGCCAGAGCCUGCUUCAGUGACCUACAGAAAGGCUACUACCUAGUGUGGCUGGUGCUGGACUACUUCUCAGAUAUGGUCUACAUUGCUGACCUUUUCAUCCGACUGCGCACAGGUUUCCUGGAGCAAGGGCUGCUGGUCAAAGAUCCCAAGAAGCUGAGGGACAACUACAUUCACACCAUGCAGUUCAAGCUGGAUGUGGCUUCCAUCAUCCCCACAGACCUGAUCUACUUCGCUGUGGGCAUCCACAGCCCUGAGCUGCGCUUCAACCGCCUACUGCACUUUGCUCGCAUGUUUGAGUUCUUUGACCGUACUGAGACCCGCACCAGCUACCCCAACAUCUUCCGCAUCAGCAACCUAGUCCUCUACAUCUUGGUCAUCAUCCACUGGAAUGCCUGCAUCUAUUAUGCCAUCUCCAAGUCCAUCGGCUUUGGAGUCGACACCUGGGUUUACCCCAACAUCACUGAUCCUGCGUAUGGCUACCUGGCUAGGGAAUACAUCUACUGCCUUUACUGGUCCACACUGACACUCACCACUAUUGGGGAGACACCACCCCCUGUAAAGGAUGAGGAAUACCUAUUUGUCAUCUUUGACUUCCUGAUUGGUGUCCUCAUCUUUGCCACCAUUGUGGGAAAUGUCGGCUCCAUGAUUUCCAACAUGAAUGCCACCCGAGCUGAAUUUCAAGCCAAGAUUGAUGCUGUCAAACACUACAUGCAGUUCCGCAAGGUCAGCAAAGAGAUGGAAGCCAAGGUCAUCAAGUGGUUUGACUACCUGUGGACCAAUAAGAAGACUGUGGAUGAGCGAGAAGUUCUCAAGAACCUGCCAGCCAAGCUCAGAGCUGAGAUAGCUAUCAAUGUCCACCUGUCCACACUCAAGAAAGUGCGCAUCUUCCAGGACUGUGAGGCUGGGCUGCUGGUGGAAUUGGUACUGAAGCUCCGUCCUCAGGUCUUCAGCCCUGGGGAUUACAUUUGCCGUAAGGGGGACAUUGGCAAGGAAAUGUACAUAAUCAAGGAGGGCAAGUUGGCAGUGGUGGCUGAUGAUGGGGUGACCCAGUAUGCGCUGCUCUCAGCUGGGAGCUGCUUUGGAGAGAUCAGCAUCCUUAAUAUUAAGGGCAGCAAAAUGGGCAAUCGACGCACUGCCAAUAUCCGCAGCCUUGGCUACUCAGAUCUCUUCUGCUUGUCCAAGGAUGAUCUUAUGGAAGCAGUGACUGAGUACCCUGACGCCAAGAAGGUCUUGGAGGAGAGGGGUAGGGAGAUCCUGAUGAAGGAGGGGCUCCUGGAUGAGAAUGAGGUAGCAGCCACUAUGGAGGUAGAUGUGCAGGAAAAGCUAGAGCAGCUGGAAACUAACAUGGAGACCUUGUACACCCGCUUUGGCCGCCUGCUGGCCGAGUACACGGGGGCCCAGCAGAAGCUCAAGCAGCGAAUCACAGUUUUGGAAACCAAGAUGAAGCAGAACAAUGAAGAGGAUUACCUGUCAGAUGGGAUAAACAGCCCGGAGCCAGCUGCUGUAGAGAAACCAUAAUGGUUGGGACCUAACUGCCUCUCCAGCCUUGGCCUUGACCCCAGGACCUAGAAGAACUGUGUAGGUCUUUGUAUUUAUCUGCAUUACCCUCAUGUCCCCCUGAAAUCUCUCUGAAGCCUCUCUGAUCCUAGAGUUCUUGGCCCAAACAUCUAGGACCCCACCCCCAAAGUCCAACUAACAGCCAGACUGUGCUGGCUGGACUUCCGGGAGCUUCAGCUUUCUCAAGUCUGAACUGUCUUCAGGGUACGUGUUCUGGGACUGGGAGCCUGGGCAAUAAUCUUCUCUGAAGAGGCCCAUCUGCAGAAUGGUGUGCACCCUGCUACAA